GAAAUGAGCUAUCCGCACUUGAGUUCUGUCAAGAAUGUCUUCAUUCGAGGCAGCGUGGUGCGAUACGUGCACCUGCCAGCCGCUGCUGUGGAUACACCCUUAUUGGAAGACGCUACACGGAGAGAGGCCUCGCAAACCGCUGCUAAAGCCAAGCAAGGCUAAAGUGCGCCAUGACUUCCACAUCAGCACAUGUACGAUCGCGAUCACGAAGAGCUAAAUCCGCACGCAAGACUGGGCUGCCGACUUGUCCACAAGAGGGCGAGGUUCUAAGCAAAUGGGGACAAUCAUUGCACAGCGGGCUAUAGAACACAGGCACAGGAAGCGCAAGAGCUGGAUAGUACAGUCCGCAGCUUACCUGGAUUUGGGAGAAUCUAUUUGCCCUUUCGAAGCGCAUCUGUCAUGAUGCCGGCCGCGAGCUCAGGUUUUUCGACCGCUCGUGAUGCUACGCGGACCAGAGGGAGGACGAGGUGGGCCUCAAAAGGUUGACGUGUGCGUUCGUGGUAGCCCCAGAUAUCAGGAUAUUCGCAGGAUAUGCAAGGCAUUCGAGGUCAGCUGCAAGGCACACGAUCAAGCUCUAAAGAAGAUUCCGCUGAAUGCAACCACAGCAUUCUUGAAACUGUGUACGCUCGACAAGAUAUGUAUUGAACCACGUUUCAUAUUCCACUGCCAUGGCGGCGGGGAAGCUGCGGACUAUACGACAGCUUUGGUGCGACCAGGCAAGACAGGAGUCUCGGGUCUUUAAAGGCUGGUCGUUUCGUCAAAUUGCAUUAGAUACACUCACCCUUCGCCUUCUACCUGCCGGGGAAAAUAACAGCACAUAGAUUGUCGCUCGCU